AUGGAGGAAAGGAAUGGGAAAUGGUUCUUCAGAGUCAAAUGGAAGGGCUAUGGACCAGAAGAGAACACGUGGGAGCCCCAAGAAAACCUCAAAAAUGCGGGGAAAAUUUUAAGAAAAUAUGAAGAAGAAAUGAGAAAAAAGGCCCUCGGCGCUGCCAAGGCCCUUAAAGGGGGGCAGACACCAGGCAAAGAGAGCGGCGAGGGGCUUAUACAGGAAGUAGACAAGGAAAUGGCGGACUUGUGGACGCAAGAAUGGGUUGACAACAACAAAUGGGAACAGGUCCAAGAGGAUGACAAAGGAAUGGAAGGCGGCAAGAGUGGAGAUGAGGAGAACAAUGCAGCACUCACCGCAGAGGAGCCGGUCGAGUACAACAACGACGGACGGAUUAGUGCACGGUCGAAGGGCAAGGGCCUGGCCACCCACUAG